AUGCCCCGCUGGCACAGAACCGCCGCCGUCAACUACAAACGCAUACCCGCCAUCCUCGGAACCACACGUAGAGACGUCUUGCCCGACUUCAUUCAAAAGAACACUCCGAAGCUUUACAACGCGAAGCGGAGGAUAAAAUAUAGCCAUGGUCUUACAGGGGAGCAGUACAAGCAGUGGCUCCUGUCACCUGCCGAUAUAGAUCCCUUCGAGCACAUCUCAGACGACGUCGCAGACUACAUCAGAAACAACGGUCUAGAAGGACAACUUCGAAGACACGCGCCGCAAGACGAGCAAGAGCAGACCGAUGAGUUCGACGAUGAGGCAUCAAGACUCCAACCGCGCUCAGAAACCCUCGCCAAACUCCUCCGCAACCCUCCCCAGUUCUUCAGCAGACCCUACAACGUCCCCGAAACACAACGAACACAAGUCCACUUCCCCAAUUUCGAAGUCGCCAUGAUCCGCCGUCCCAAGCAUCCACCCAACUACGCCACCUUCCAAGUGCCCCUGUGGUUCAACAAAAUGGAUAUGAAAGACUACCUGAAGUCCCUUUAUGAUGUCGACGUGGUCGACGUCCGCAGUUUCGUCUACCAGCUCAGCAAGCGGAAACAGGAGAAGGACUUGAAACGAAUCCGGAAGAGGAAGUUGUAUAGACCGAUGCCGCUGAAGCGCAUGACGGUGCAGUUGGUGGACGCGUUUGAGUGGCCGAAGGAGCCGGAGGAUUUCUCAGAGCUACUGGCGCACCAUGAAAGCCUCCACGACGUCUCCACACAGAACAGCAAGAAGCUCCCAAGAAACAUCAUGGAUGUAGCCAACACCGAACUCCGCCACAAACUCUCCCAACAAGCCCGCGACGUCGUCUUGGGCAAACAAAAAUGGAAGCCAACGUGGACGCAGCUAGACAGUGACAAGAAAGUGAUGCAGGGCAUAGCUGACGUCGUGCCGAGGAUACCGGUCAUCAAAGAGCCGAAGGGCAGGCGGCGGGCUGCGAGGGAGCUGGUGCCGUUGCCGGAUAGGACGAAGUUAGGAGGCGGUGGUAAAGGCGUGGAUCUGGCUAGCCUGCCGCCUGCAGAAAGUCCUUCGCAAGGAAAGAACUUGAACGCGUAA